GUGAAUAGCCUUGUACCAUGUGACCUCUGUGAUCAUUCAAAGAUUUCACAAGUAGUAAGCAAUGAUGUCAGAAAGUGACAUCUUGUUUACUACUGUUCAUGUAAUCACUGAUUGGCCAAUCAGUGAUCACAUGAAUAGUAGUAAGCAAGAUGUCACUUCUGACAUCAUUACUACAAUUGAAAUCUGUGAAUGAUCACAGAGGUCACAUGGUACAAAGCUAUUCACAACAGCCUUGUACCAUGUCACAAGCUGUGACCAAUCACAAGUCUCACAGUAUUUCUCAAUGGCUGCAAGAAUGCAGUCAGAGAAAGAGAAAUGAUUGCUUUUACAGCCUUUAUGGGGGUAAAAGCAAUCAGUGUAAAAAA